AGUUCUUCAACUUGGCAUAAACUUUGGCCUUCAGCAAAUAGAGCGCUUGUCCAACUGCGCUUGGGGAGUGCCCGAAACACACUCACACACACAAGCAAAGCUGACUAUGUUUUGAAAAGUGAUCAACAGAUACACACAAACAGGAUCUAUUAAGAAAGAACAUCUUGACAACACAAGGAAACAGGAACUACAACAACAAUGCUUUACUACUACAGUCUACUAUUUAUCUUAGGUUUAUUUGCCCACACAAUCUCGGCCCAGUCACUGCAUGCAAGUGCAGCCAGGGCUGGAGCCAGUUUCGAUGGAGCUUCUCAGGCUAGCUCGGCCAAACCAAGGAAUCGACGCAUGUAUGCCAUGUGUCCACCACAAUUCCAUCGCGUGGGCACCGAUUGUUAUUCCCUGGUGGAGCAGCGUAGCAGUUGGCUGGAAGCGCAUUUCUUUUGCAAGGAUAAGAAUGCCAAUUUAACUGAGCCAGCCAAAUAUGCCGAUCGCAAGUUAAGAAAAUUCCUGCAGCAGGAGGACAAGCGGUCGGGAGACAUCACACCAAUUUGGAUUGGAGCUACCUAUAAUCAUCAUAACAAUGCCUGGGAAUGGUCAACAACGGGCAACAAUUUGACCUACAAUUCGUUUAGCAAAAUAGAUCCCACCUAUUUGCAACUUAUCUCCAACAGCAAGCCGCAGGAUAAUUUCUGUGCUGUCUAUGAUCCAAAUUUGAAAUAUCGUUGGUCGGCCCGUUCGUGUCCAGAUAAAUUGCGUUUCAUAUGCCAACAUAAGAUGCCAAAGGUUAGUGAGGCGAAUCGCUAUAAAAUCUAUAAUCGUUGGAAUACCACCUAUCCGCAUGAAUUGGCCAAUGAGGUAAUAUUGAAUGUCUUAGAUCAUGGCGAUAAGGAUCGAAGUUAUAAUCGUCGUGUCAAGGCCGAGGGCAGUGAUGAGGUAAUGAUUAUUCCUCAUAGUCGCCGCAAUAAGGGAAGAACUCAGCAGCGUCAGCAACGCCCGCGCCCAAUUCCAUCGCAUCCUAAUGAUGUCAAUGCCCAGCCCAAUCUCAACAGGCGCCCCAACAAGCGUCCACGUCCCACAAAAUCUUCGGCUGUGACAACAUCUCAGGCGCCAGCAUCUCUGUCGAAGCACAACAAUAAUGAUGUUCUGCCCUCGACUAUCACACCCACUGGCAGGAGUCCUCAUGAGAUAACUCAAUAUGAUCGCAAAUUGCAACGGCAACGGGAGAAGGAGCGACGUCGCCAGCAACGUAAGCGUGAACGUCAAGAAUUGAUGCGCCAACAGCGUCGUGAUCGUCAACGGAAACAGCGUCAGGAGCAGCAACGUUUGCAACGUGAAAAGGAGCAACGCGAACGCGAACAAUUAGAGCGGGAGCAGCCUCAACAACACGAACCCAUUGCCGAGAUACCCGAUGAUCUGCGUCUUCAGGGUACCAUCACACAACACCAGCAGGAGCGUGAGGAGGAGGAAUACAAAGAGAGGCAACUAAAGGAGCAGGAACGUCAGAGGAAGGACCACGAACAACGCGAGCAGGAAUAUAAGCAAAAGCAGCGUGAACGUGAAUUGGAGCAACUGAAGCAACGACAUGACCAGGAGGCACGUCAACGUGCGGCCGACGAUGAGGCCGAACGCAUUCGUCAGGAACGCCUUGAGAAGCAACGACAACGCGAGGCCGAAGAGCGUCGUCAGCAUGAGGAACAGUUGCGCAAACAGCGUGAGGAACAGGAGGAGGCAGAUCGUCAAGCUGCCGCCCACCGAGCAGCCGAAGAGAAGCGUCUGCGCGAGGAACACGAAGAGCGACUGCGUAAGGCUAAAUCUGAACAGGAAAAACAAUUGGCUGAAGCCCAUGAGGCCAAGCGUCGCGAGGAACAGGCCAUAAAGGAACAACUGGAACAGCAGGAACGCCAACGCCAAGAGCAAAUCCGUCGGGAGCAAGAGGAGGAGGAGAAACGCCAACAGCUGAUAGAAUUGGAACAGGCUCGUCUCUUUGAGCAACGUGAAUUGGAGCGCCUGGCCGAGGAGAAUCGUCGACGUGAACAAUUACAGCAUCAACGCGAUGCAGAAAUUGCUCAACGUGAGGCCACUGAGAAGAAAUUGCAAGAGGAAGAGGAGCGACUGCGUCAAGAGCUAGCCGAAGAAGAGAAGGCACGCAAACGGCAGCUGGAAGAGGAUAUGCAACGCGAAGAGGAGACACGUAAGGCCAAGGAGGCCGCCGAAAAGGCCGCAGCGGAAGCCAAGGCAGCGGAACAGAAACGCAAACUGGAUGCAGCCAAAGAGGAAGCCGAUGCCCAAGUGAAAGAAAAACUUGAGGCCAAGCGACGCGAAUAUGCUGAACGUUUGUCCCAUCUCAGUCCCGAGGAUCAGCAAAGAUUCAUUGAGAUGCGCAAGAGGCGCAAACAGCUGCAGGAACUCAAAUCUAAGGCCGAAGAGAAAAAGAAGCUCAAGAGAAUACAGGAAGCCAUGCGACUCAACGAUGCCGAGUAAAUCCAGUCGAGAUAUUUUUUCUCUCCUCCUUCCACGAUUGAAUCUUUUGACUAACCAAUACUAAUAUAAUACCAGAGACAUAUCGGCCAAGGAAACGAAAUAAUAGUGUAAAACAAGUAUUAGCUUGAUCUCUGCUAGAUCAGAUCUCUGCUGCAGAGCAGAAAAGAGCAGAGCAAGGCAAGUUUUCCCCCCCACACACACACCCAGAAACACCCAAUCAAUCAAUCAAUCAAUGAAUCAACCAAACAGUAAUCAAAUAACCAGAGAAAUUUCUACAGUGAAUACAGCUUAAAAGCAUUUAAGUGGUAUCUACUGUAACUAUAAAUCCAUCACAUAUACAGAUCAUAGAUAUAUAUAUCCAAGAGUUCACCAGCCAUUGCGUAGCACAAACGAAAAAACGAUGCAUACAAACGAAUACACAAAAGGGUAAAAAAAACACUUUCGAAAUCUUCGAUUGAUAACGUUCGAUAUCGGUUGUUGUUGUUGUGCUAUAGCUACUACUUAUAGAAGAUGCCAAGCCUUAGCCUUAUUAAUGCCAACUUUUCAACCUUUUUCGAUAUGAAGAACGCAAUGAAUUCCGGGCAGGACUCACAAUACACACACAUAUAUAUCGUGACGUAUAUGUAUGCGUAUAUAUAUUUAUAGGAUAUGAUAUAUAUACGUAUAUUCAUCCUCUUAGCGCCCUACCCCCCCGAUAAUACUAAUAGUGCACGAAACUAUAUUUUUUUUGUUUUUUUUUUUUAAAUAAUAUUUCCUAAUGAAAAAUAAAAAGAAAUUAAGUAAAUAAAAGUUUAGCAGCGCGCACACAGAAGCAACUUUUAAAAAAUAGUAAUGUACAGAUAAUA